GCCUCCCUGCCGGACACGCAGACACUCGGCCCCGAGGCGCCUCCCGGCGUCCUGGGCGAGGGGACGGGACGGGCGUGUUUUCCACAGAAUCCGUCACUUUGCACUCCUCGGGCAAGUGUGGCUCCCGGCUGUGUUGGAGAGAAACCUUGGGCCAUCCUGCACAUAGUAACACAGUGGGCUCCACGCCACGUUUCUGAAUAACUGAACUAACCUUUGCUGCUCAAGAUGCUUUUCAGUCAGAAGAGGCAGAGGGGGGGGACGCUCCACCAUGCGGGGUCCAGAUAGGUUUAGGGGGGCUGGGAGAUUAAUGAGAAUUGUCUUCCAGGAACAGAACCCAGUUAAGGCAGAGCCCUCGGUGAAUUAUGAACCCAGCACCCGGAGCAGACGGGAUGGGAAAAACGGACCAGAUGCCACGUGAUGGAGCAGGAAAUACCCAGCUUGACGUUUCACCCAAACGUGGGGUUUAAAGCCUCAUCACCGAAAUUCACCCCAAAGGUGGGAGUAACUCUUAGCCCCAAGAGCGGCAGGAUUUGCAGCAAUAAGACGCCCAUUGAUGUCCAAGCCCUAAAGAAGAAGGUCAGCAGGGUGACACGCGACCCGGCGGCCCGAGCCAUCCUCAGCAGCCUGCUGGUCUACGUCACCGACCGCGAGGACGGGCCCCGGGAGCCUCCUCCCGCCAGGAGGGCAGAAGGCGGGGUGAGCAAGACCAGCCGGGCGCCGGAGCCCCAGGACGCCCAGCGGCGACCCACACGCUUCCAGCUCCUCAAGGCCAAGUUCAUGGGCACCGGCCGGGAGCCGUGCCUCAAGAGGACCCGGGAGGUGGGGCGGCUGAUCUUCAAGGACAGGCAGGGCCCCGGCAGGAGCCUGGUGGCGGCCACCGUCCACAAGCUCCUGGAGAAGGCCAGGGAGGGAGCCGGCCGCCCCGCCCGGGGCCGGGAGCCGCUGGGUCGCGAGAAGCCCCGGGGGCUCCCCGCCGGGAGGAGCUCCGUGAAGAGCAUCCUGAAGGUGUUCUUGGCCGCGGAGGAGAAGGAGGCCGAGGAGAAGCCUCCCGCGGAGCCGCCCAGAGCCGCCGGGGGCCCCCUGCCGAAGGUGGGCGGCAGGCGGAGCGCCGCGCUGGCCAAGCUGCGGGAGACGUUUGCGCGGAGCGGUUGCCGCUGUGCGGAGGCCGGCCUCCUGCCGCUGCGCGCGGACGAGCUCAAGAGGCGCCUGCCGCGGAGCCCGCUGCACCGGCCCGAGCGCCGCGUGCUGCACCGGCCCGAGCGCCGCGUGCUCCGCACGGCCACCCUGGCCAGCACCUGCAUCCGGGCGCCCCCCGCCCGCUUCCUGGCCGUCUCGGCCGAGCCCCUGCUGCCCUUCAGCAUCGCCACCGUCGUCUGCGGCCCCCACAGCUGGAUGUCCCACGGCGCCAGAGUCACCCGCGCGGAUCUGCGCCGCGCGCCCAGAGGAGAAACGGGCACGGCCCCCCGCGCGCGAGAGACGCCCGGUGGGAGCCAAGCGCCAGGGUGGGGGCAGCCCCGCCAGCCCUCCGCGCCCCGGGCGACCGCCCCCAGGGACGGUCCGCAAACAGUGGUCCCAGGUGCGGGGCCCGAGUGUGUCCCCAGGGCGGCCCCCUCUCCCGCCUCCCCCAGGGGUGAAGUCCUUCCUGGCCGCGAGCCCGUGAUGAGCCCACCGGGACCGGACAGCCCGGGCGGCACGGGGGCUGCCCAGGGGGCGAGGGGAGCAAGGCUGGGCCCCCGGCCUGGGCUCGUGGGGGGCGGACCAGGGGCUGCCCCUGAAGUCACCCUGACCGUCUGCAGUUCAGAGGAUGAAACGGAAGGGAUGACUGCAGACUCGGAGCCAGAGCCCCUCUUCGCUGUGCAGGAGAACUGCCCAGAAGAGAGAGAGCCAGGGCAAAUCCCCCCGCUCGUGGCGCACGCCGCCCAGGCCGCGCGGCGCACACAGCCGGCCGUGGAGCCUCCGCGGCUCGCAGCCAGACUCCCGGCUGCCCACACGGUGCCGCCCCCUCCUGCCACCCUGCAGAGGGCAUCAGGCCCUGAAGACCAAGGCUGGCGUCUUCUGGGAGGAGAGGGUGUGACUGGAAAUACAGGCGCCCCACCUCCCACUACGGCCCAGGGUGGAAGCCAGGGCGCCCCGUCGUCGGCAGGACUGAGCCCGGCAGGUCUGAGCCUGCCCGCCCUGCCACAUCAGGACCCAGGGGCACAGCCAACGCUCGCGCCUUUGCAGCGUGCUGCCUGCCAUGGUUCAGGCGUCCCCGAGGCAGUUCCCACGACGAAACCGCAGAAAAGUUCCCCUGGAGGAAAGGAAACCAGACGCAGCCCUGGGACUUCACACAGGUUCCCGAAGCACCAGGACAUGUGGGGAGAGGACGCGUCCCAGCUGAGUUCUAAGACGCCUCUGCUGCCAGGACGGGAGGAAAGGCCGGCUGGUGACGCCGGCACCUCAUCACAUCGGUCCGCGGCCUCGGAAAAGCAAUGGGGGGGACUCGCCGGCUGUGCCCCUGGCGGUCGGCAAGCGCUGGCGCCCAGGGUUCCCAGGAGGAGCAGGGUGAGUGUCUCCAUGAGGCCAGAAGCACCGGCCCAGGACGGGAGGAGGCCUGAGAAUCUGCCUUCAGUGGACAAGAGCCCCCCGCGUGAGCAGGAAGGACACAGGGGGCCCCCGUCGUCCCCGGAGCCAGCCCGGCCCCCACUGACGGCUGAAGGGAGCGCCAGCCAUGAUCCUGGCGAGAACAGAGUGAGCUCCUUAAAUGAACAGACACAGCCGAGGAGUGUCAAAGCCCCUGGGCGGGUGACGGCUGCAGGGGCCUCCAGGAGUCCCCCAGCCCUGGCGCCAGGUGAUGCCCUGAGCCCCGGAAACAGGGCGGCCGAGGAGCAGGAGGAAAGGGGCGCCGCCCGGCCCACAGGCCCAGGUCUCGCGGCCGAGAAGCCUGAUCGCCAGCCCGGGGGCCACAGCGUGUGCGGAGCCUCGGGGUCCCUACCCGCCCCCCCUCGGGAGGCCGCCGGCGCCCAGACCCUGCCUGUCGAGCCCCCCGUGGCAGCUCCAGGUGAACUGGUCACAGGCGAAAGGAAGGUGGCAGCUGGGGGCAGAAUCUCGGGCGCUGCGUGGCAGAGCCCUCGGGGGGGCAGCCUAAAGCCCCCGACUCCAGCCCCGGAUGUCCCGGUGCCACAGGGGAGCCAGGUGGCGGGGACCCCGCGCCGCACGCUGGGCACUAGGCCGCCACCUUCUGAGAACCCGCAGGCCAAGGGCGGGCCGUGCAUCUUACCCGGGGCACAGCUUCCUGGCAGUGCCGGGCCUUCCCGCCAGCCUCCCCCCGCGUCCACAGCGGCGGAUGGGCCGAGGGCGGGGCGGGUGGCCCAGAAGCACCCCGACCUCCAGGCCCCCAGGGAAGUCGCGGGCGGGGAGAGGGCCAGCCUGGGCGGCGGAAAAAGUCACCGUGGGCAAGAGGAGGGGCCCCCAGGGGCUGCGAGUCUGGACGGUCCUGGAAGGAAGGGAGAAGGCGUUUGGGGUGAGAAGGCCCGCUCGAGUGGGGCCCAAGAGGCUGUGGACGGUGACCCAGCGGCCCCGACAGAGGCUCCCGGCCGGCGCACUGGGAAGAGCCCAGAGUGGCCGCAGAGGCAGCGGGUGAGGCACACAGAGGGCCCCCCUCCGGGACGUGGCGCCCCGGCUGCAAAGAGCCCAGCUCCUCCCCCCCCAGGGAGCCCGGUGCACCCUGCCCAGGCCCAGGCCGGCAGGACGGCCCCCCCUGACUCGGCUCAGCCCGUGAGCAGGGCAGCGGAGGUGGCGCCCCCCGCAGGCAAAAACGAGGCGUCCCGGAGACCAGUAGCCUCCAGGGGUGGCCAGGGGGGUCGCGGAGAGCCACGCGGGCAGGGGGAGAGCCCGACGGCCCCCGGCCCCCAGCCAGCGCCAGGCUCUGCGGUGCCCUUGGCCGCGCUAGGGGGCCGCGGCCUGGCCCGCACCCCCGCCCCGGGGGGGCCCCCGGACAUCCCCAGGGCGGGGAGGGGCACGCAGGGACGUGGACGCGGUGGCAGGGGUGCACACCUGGCCAAGUACAGAGCCCAGAGCUUCAGGGACCAGAGGUCCUUCGAGCUGUCCUUUAGACCAGCCAUCCUCAGGGCCAACGACACGUUCGCGCUUCCAAAGUGAGGCCCUCACGGGAGCCAGCGGCCCAAGGCCGCACUCCCGUUCCUUCCUCGCGGUGACCCUCGGCUCUGGGCGCCGGCGCCCAGUCUGCAGGGUCGUGUCCUCUGUCGUGAGUGGCCCUGGGAGGACGGGAGCCCUGCGGCCAGCACACUCUGGCCACGUCAGCGACACUCUGCCCACAGCUGGCGUCUUCACGGGCGUCAGGCUCACGCCCGUCUCUGCACAGGAAGUUCUGACCUUCGGGGCUGAACUUCCUGUGCAUCUGUCCCGUCCCCUCCUGGGGCGCGGCCGUCGGUUUUGAGGGCACUCUGCCUCUUGCGGGGUCACCAGCAGGUGCCGACGUGACCCCUCCUGGCUCAGACACGGCCGGGGUGGCGAGUGGCCCUGAGUGGCCCCGCCCGUCCUGGAAAGAGUCAGAGGGCUUCAGUUUGACAUGGUGACCACCGGGGGGGUGGGGGGCUGCAUCCACGACCCCACAGCCGCCUGACAGUCAGGGAGACACUGGGAUCCGGGUGUGGCCCCUCUGUCCCCCCAGCCUGGCCGGAGCCAGCGAACCAGGGGGAGUCGAUUCCAGACGACAGUGACCGUCAGAGCCGUGAAGAGGCUGUUUUCAGGUGCACGAUUCCAAGGACGCUUUCAUUCAGAAACUGGUGAGAAAAGUAACCCGGUCUCGUCUGACCCACCAUCAUCACAGCAGCCUCCUCGGGGCCUGCGCGUCCUGCAGGGCCUGGACGGGGCACAGGUCGGUGACGGAACGCACACUCCAGCCCUGCUGCCCUCCCGCACAGCGUCCGAGUGUUUCCCGCCAGAGACGUUGCUCAGUUCCAGCUCUUUCCAUCACUUAGACGAUGCACUUUCUGUCUAGAAUAUUUGAACACUGUAUAGAAGGACAAGGAAGGAAAUAAAAACCACUGGUCGGUCAUCA